UCCUUCAACAACAGCUAGUCAGACACCUCGGUAGCUUUCUAGCAAACAUAGCUACAACAUUCACGUUCUUUACACUGUUUUGGUGUAUAUUAGUCGCUGUGUAUUAAACACACUUCUGUCGUAUGUACUUGUUGGCCCAUUUAAUUAUAUAUUUACGUUGUUUGUCAGCUAGCUGGUUUGUUAAGUUAGCUUAGAAGUAAGCUAGUCGCUAAUGCUAGCUAGCUAACAUCCCCGACCAUGAGUUCACUAAGCUACUCUCCUCCUGAUAAAGAAGAGGAGGUCUGCUGGACGGAGAAAGAAGCUCUUGUCAAAGAGGAGGAGGAAGAGGUGGAUGUUACAAUACAAAAACAAGUAGAGGGUGAGGCUGUUACAGUGAAAGAAGAAGAGAAAGACGUUUCAGUGAAAGAAGAGGAAGACGCGGUCAGAGUGAAAGAGGAGGAUGUUACAGUAAAAGAAGAGGAGGAUUCCGUUUUUGGAGUGAAGAAGGAAGGGGAGAUGACUGUCACAUCGAAAAAGGAGGAAGAGGAAACUGGAUAUCUGAGCCCGGUUUCCCAAACGCAUAUUAAGACAUUCAAUGGUUCUUACGACGAACGGGCCCUGAUUAACACUAGAGAGAGCGGUGACUAUCGUGUAUCUUCUGGGGAUCCUCAACAACAACAUGAUGCUGACGAGGCAGAGAAAAGUCUAUCCAGAUCAGGACUCCUCAAAAAACACCAGCAGAGACCCACAGGGAAGAAAUCUUACUGCAAAUCGACAUCAGAACUUAAAAUACACCAGUGUGUACACAAUGGAGAGACAUCUCACUGCAGCUCUGACUGUGGGAAAAGAGUCACCUCUUCAGUAGACCUUAAAAUACACCAGAGAACACACACAGUAGAGAAAUCUUAUGUCUGUGAUCAAUGUGGGAAGAGUUUUACUGAGUCACGCAUCCUGAAAUCACACCAGAGAACACACACAGGAGAGAAAUCUUAUGGCUGUGAUCAAUGUGGAAAGAGAUUUACUCAACCAGACAGCCUGAUAGUGCACCAGAGAAUACACACAGGAGAGAAACCUUACAGCUGUUAUCAAUGUGGGAAGAGUUUUACAACAUCAAGCCAUCUAAUUGUACACCAGAGAACACACACAGGAGAGAAACCUUAUGGCUGUGAUGAAUGUGGGAAGAAAUUUACUGCAUCAAACGCCUUGACAGUGCACCAGAGAGUACACACAGGAGAGAAACCUUAUAGCUGUAGUCAAUGUGGGAAGAGUUUUACUCAACCAGACAGCCUGAUAGUGCACCAGAGAAUACACACAGGAGAGAAACCUUAUAUCUGUUAUCAAUGUGGGAAGAGUUGUACUACAUCUAGCCAUCUAAUUGUACACCAGAGAACACACACAGGAGAGAAAGCUUUUACCUGUGAUCAAUGUGGGAAGAGUUUUGGUACAUCUAGCCAUCUAAUUGUACACCAUAGAACCCACACAGGAGAGAAACCUUAUAGCUGUGGUCAAUGUGGGAAGAGUUUUGGUCAAUCUGGCCAUCUGACAGUGCACCAGAGAAGACACACAGGAGAGAAACCUUAUAGCUGUGGUCAAUGUGGGAAGAGUUUUGGUCAAUCUGGCCAUCUGACAGUGCACCAGAGAAGACACACAGGAGAGAAACCUUAUAGCUGUGGUCAAUGUGGGAAGAGUUUUGGUACAUCUAGCUAUCUGACUAUACACCAGAGAACACAUACAGGGGAGAAACUUUAUAGCUGUGAUCAAUGUGACAAGAAAUUCUCUGAUAAAAGACAUCUGAUCAAACAUCAGAAAAUACAUACAUGAAGGAAUUGUUUCAUGAUAUCAAUUAAAUAUCCCACCUAGCAAAAUGUAAUUGAAAAGAAGACUAUGCUCGAAGUCCAAUAUUCUUUCGAUGGUAGUUGAAAAUAUGUAUUUUCGGGUCGUUGUUUUUCAAUGACUUGAAAGCAACUUCAUUUCAAAGUACAUGCAGCCUAUACACAUGGACGCAGUAUAAUACAUUGGUUUAUAAUCAAUUUUAUUAACAAGCUUACAUCACUCCAGUAUUUAUUGACAACAUUCAAGUGCUAAUUGUCUUUAUUCCACUACUGAAGAAGCAUGUUUUAUUAUUAUUGCCACUACAUAUUAACAAAGGGGUGUACAUUUGGUUUUGAUAUUUCAUAUUUACAAUUCAUGUAACAUUUAGUCAUAAUUAUUUAUGCAACCAACUGACAAUGUUUGGGUACAAUUAUAUUGACAUUGUUACCUUGCUUUCGUAAUGUCAGGGUUAAUUCUCAGAUGUGCCAACCCAAAUCUACUAGACGAACAUUGGGGACUGGACCCCAAUCCAACAACAUGCCUAUUGAGUGAACCCUGAAAAGAGAGAGAAGCUACACAGUGAGGUGGGAAGUUACUACGGAUAUCGCAGGAGUUUCCUCUUGAAAUCAGACAUGUCCGUGGUAAGGACAACUUGGUUUCUGAUUGUCUCAAGGGUUGGCAGUCAAAAAUAUUUGUGUUGUGCAUUUAACCAGUGUGUUAUCUUGGAUCACAAUUUAUUUUGACACGCUUUUCCGUGUUGGAGAUGAGUUUUAUCUCUUAUUCUUUUCUGUAUUUUUUGGAAACUGCACUGUUGGUUAGGGGCUCGUAAAUACGAGUUCCAGUGUUGUAUCCGGCGCAUGUGACUAAUACAAUUAGAAUUGAGUUUAGUUUGGGCUAGAAGCUAGUGAGUUUUAGGAUUCUAUGGAAAGAAAAAGGAUAAAAAAUUAUAUGAUUGUAUAUUAUUUAGAAAUACGUGUUUUUUCUUGUUUUUAAUUGUUGACAGCCAGUUGACACUAUGUUUAUAUUGUAGAAGGUGAAGCGUUGUAGUUGAUUAUAAUGAGAAAUGGAAGUUGUUUUUUGUUGUUGGUGAGCAAACGUGUCCAACAAAAAUAUAGGAUAUAUUGGUUGUCUUACAGGGGAAGGGGUUACAGGCUUUGGUUUUUCCGUUUAUAUGUUGAGGUUAGACGUUAGAGUGCAGGAAAGGGGGAUACCGAGUCAUUCAUUUGAAUGCAAUCAAAUGAAAUGUGUCUUCGGUGCACUGAUUGGUGUCACCUCGUUAGCCAGUAUGUGUUACACCUGUCCUGGCUUGUCCAGCUCAUUAGUGGGAAGCUGUUUCACCUGAGCUGGUCCAGGUUCUGUUUGCCUCUUGGGCAGAUUUAGUGAGUCUCAUGGUGGUUGUCUUUUAGGUCUCAGUUGUUGUUACUAGUCAACUUUCAGUGGACACUGUGAGUGUCUUUCAGAACCCCUUAUAUUUGGGGGUUGGAUAUUGCAUCCAAUUAAUAUUUUAAUAAAUUGCAUUCCCUCAUUAGUUGUUCAUUUGUCAGUCUUCUAUUUUUUAUCCUCAUGUUUGUGUACUAAAUAUUUAUUUUCAUAGUUUUUUAUUAUUUUUUUUUCCAUUAUGUUGUAUCCUGUCUGAAAUGUGCUGUAUAAAUAAAGCUUGAUUUGAACAAAUUAAUCCAAUGAACAAUCAACAGACUCUUGGUCCAUCUUAGUAUGAAAAACAGUAUCACUUUUCCAGCCUGUUGAAGGUGUG